AUGCCGUCGGGCAACCAUCACGCGCUGUUCCCGAGCAGGCCUGCUCCGGAUGCCGCCAAGCACACGCCCUUUGCGAUAGAAGCCGUGCGGGCGCUGGGCAAGGCCGAUACCUGCCACCCCAGCCCCGCACGCAAGCGGGGCCGACCACCCAAGGCGCGCUCACUCGACCAAACCGGAGACCAGCAGAACGCACAGAGGGUGGACAACUGCGAUACGAGGCACGACGGCGCGGAUUCGGCGAUGACGAAGACGCUGAUGUUAAUGCUGGUGGACGAGGUGCGCGAGGUGAAGGAGGAGAACAGGCAGCUGCGGGACCGGGUCGCCGAGCUGCGCGGCCAGCGCAAGCGGGACAGAGCCGAGAUGCGAGCUAUGGAGAACCGACUGCAGAACAUGGAGCAGUCGAUGCAGGCCAUGGCCACUGCGCAGCGGGAGAGUGCCGUACAGAUGACGAGACUCUUCCAGCAGAAGCCUUUGCCGCCAUCACGUCAUGCCACGUCAGCACCACAGCCGUCCAGUGCCUCGCUUAUGACUGGCUCAUUGACUACCACCUCAUCGUCGACCACCAUCACCCCGGCCGCUCUGUCGUCGCUGCCGCAGAGCUUCGAUUCACCGCCGCGGCAGUCAUCGUCCUUUGCCGGCGCUGUAUCCCCGGCUUACUCGAUGUCGGCCCGAAUGCACGGAUUGGCGGGGCUUCUCCACGCGCUGCCCUAUCUGCGCGACUUCGACCCGGGUCUGCUGAUCGUCUCCGAUCUGAGCCAACAGUUCAUGGUGCUGAGCAUGACGCACCCCGAGACCCUGGCCGACAUGAUGCCGCCCACCAUCGAGUUCGUCUCACCGGGCGCCACCGCAUUCCUCGGAUACAGCCACGAGGAAGUCGUAGGCAAAUCAGUCCAUGUGCUGGGAUGCAUCGACAUCCAGGACAAGCUGGAUCUCAUGCACUCGAUGUUCUCCAAGUCUGCUCCACCGUCCGGAGUGAGCGAUUCCAUCCGCGUUUGUCCCGUUAUGCGACGCAAGGGCUGUGAGCCCGCACGUAUCGAGACCUUCCACCAGUACCUCUGGGUCAACUCUCGCGUGCAAUGGAACAUCGCGUUGGUGACUCGAGUGCUCGAGGAGGGCGUGUACAUUCCGCCGCUGGGGAGCAUGUCUGAGCUGCUCAGCAACCCCAGCACCAGGGCCCUCUUCUGCUCCCGCCUCGCCCCCUUCCUGCGACAGCCCCUCGACCGAGCCCGGAUCUGCGCAACCAUCACCACCACCACUUCAUCAGCGUCGUCGUCGUCGUCGUCAUCGUGGUCGCCAGAGGCGAGCGCGCAAGAAGAGACGAUCCUGGCGCUACAGCAGUCGUCGAUGGACCUGGACAUCGAACUCCAGGAAAUGAUGCAGGCGCUGCGCUCGCCGGCGCCGUCGCCCUCGACAGGACCACCCGCAGACGACCACGAGCGGUGGCUCCUCUGA